CGCCGGGCGGCGUCAGCUGAGGUGUGAGCCGCUGCCCGAGCCAGUGGCUUAGAGACCCAGAUUCGGAUGCGAGUUCACCGAGACACGGAGACACUCAGACUAGCUACAGGCGCCAUGUCGGAGGCCGGGAAUGCCCGUCAGAUCCCAUGCAGCAGCAAGGUGUGCCGCCGUCUCUUCGGCCCCGUGGACAGCGAGCAGCUGCGCCGCGACUGCGAGGCACUAAUGGCGGGCUGCGCGCAGGAAGCCCGCGCGCGCUGGAACUUCGACUUCAUCACCGAGACGCCGCUGGAGGGCGACUUCAUCUGGGAGCGCGUCCGGGGCCUCGGCCUGCCCAAGCUCUACCUGUCUGCGGGGGCGGGAGACGACCUGGGAGGGGGCAAGCGGCCCUGCACCUCGGCUGCCUUGAUUCAGGGAGACCACGUGGACCUGUCACUGUCCUGCACCAUCGUGCCUCGUUCCCCUGAGCGGCCUGAGGUGUCCCCAGGUGGGCCUGGAGUCCCUCAGCGCAGGAAACGGGGACAGACUUGCAUGACAGAUUACUACCACUCCAAGCGUCGGCUGAUCUUCUCCAAGAGGAAGCCCUAACCCACCCACAGGAGGCCUGGCUCUGUGGGGAGCAAGGGGGCCCCCGCAGGCCCCCUCCACAUCCUCUGGCUUAGUUCUUCAGUUUGUGCGUCUUAAUUAUUAUUUGUGUUUUAAUUUAAACUCCUCUUCAUGUACAUACCCUGUCCCCCAGCCCCACCUCCACCAGCCGCCCCUGACCCCAGCCUCCGGCAUUAGAAUUAUUUAAAAAAAAAAAAAAAAAAAAAGGCGGUAGAAAGCAUAGGCUUGUCAGAGUGCUGGGUAUUUUUAUUAUACAAACCUUAUUUAAAACCUCCUCAUCUUAUGAUCUUAAUUUCUUCUCUCCCAGAGGUAAGGUGGGGCUGGCUCCGUGCCAGUGACCUUCUCCUCCACCCGCACCCUCUGGGUGGUACUCUUUGGAGGGGCAUGGCUCCCUCCGCUCAUUGUCUCAUGGGUGUCAUGAAUUUCCACCCUUUUCCUGGAUUCUCAGACCUGAAUUCCUCAUCAUUUGAGAAGUAAACAGUAUCGCACUUUUAAGGGGUCCCAGCAGAGUGGGGCAUCAUCAAAGACUUUGGAGUUCCCUUCCUUCCUCUAAGAUUGGGAAGGGUGACCUUGAAGUGGGCACAGCCUAGGAGCAGGGCUGGGGGCUUGGCCCCUCCUGGCCUUGCCACCCCCCUCUGUCCUGUGCAGGCAGAGGCAAGGUGGGGACCUGUAGCAAACCAUCCCCACCUCCCGUCCUGCCCCCUCUGCCUCCCACAGGGGAGCUAGCCUCCAUGUUUGAUCCCCCACCCCAUUGGCUCCCCCUCUACUUUUCUAGGAGCCCCCAUGCUUUUCCAGCUGGGCUCUCAAGUCCACCCCUCCCCCCGACCUUGCUCCUCUCCCCUUCCCCAUGUCCUUUCCCUCUGGCAUCCUCCCAGCUCCAGUUGCCUGUCUCCCCAACUCAGUGGUCUGGAUGGGGAUGGGGCACAUAGAAGUAGGGCUCCCCAGUUCUACCUCAGGCAGCUCAAGCAGCAACUGCCUCCUCUUCUUUUAGCUCUGGUCGGGGCGGGGGGGCGGGUCCUGGGUUGUUGGAUGGGCCCCCUAGAAUGGAGAUCUCUCUGUGUUAGGAGUGUGUGUGGGGAGACAGUGGAUUUUUCUAGGAGGGAGAGUGUAACACAAGCACUUGGAACUCAUCCAAAGACCUUCUCCGUCUGCCCCACCCUUCUCCCAUUUCAUUGCACUUUGAGUAGCAGCUGAACAAGGAGUCAGGUGCUUUAAGAUGGCAGGGAGUAAAGGCUGUGGAUAGGGAACACUAAGUGGGGUGACAGGGGACUGGGAGUCGUGGGUUAUUGUCUUUCCUGGCAUUGAAUGUUGAGCCCCCAGAGGCCCUGAAGCGCUUGGUGGGUCUAACCACAAACACCUGGCAGUUCCUGUAACAUCCUGGCCUAGACUGUUUUUUCCUGGCUCCCCAUGUGUCCUGCCCCCCCCCAUCUCUCUUCCUAGACUGUAAGUCUCUCAAGGGCAAGGACCACAUCCUGUACUGCUCUGUGUCCUUCAUAGCCCUGUCCACAGUGCUGGGUAUACAGCAGGUGCUCAAUAAAUAUUUCUUUGUGACUUU